AUGGUUUUCGGAUCAGAUGCAAACCAUACUACAGCAAACGGAAAAACUAUUAGAAGGCACUAUGGAUUGACUUCAGAAAAUUACACAUACUAUCCUCUAGUAAUCAUUGGGGCCGGUAAAUCUGGCAUUUCCAUGGGCUGUCGUCUUAAAGCGGAACUCGGCUUUGAUCAAUUUCGCAUCUUUGAACGGCAAAAUGGAAUUGGUGGUAGGUGGUGGAGUAAUAGACACCCUGGGACUACUUGUGAUAUCCCAGGUGUUCUUUAUUCCUUUCCAUUUUAUCAAAGCUCAAAAAUGACUACUCUCCCUCCAAGCGGGAGUGAGAUAAUAGAGUAUUUUGAGGACGCUUGCAUGCAGUAUCAGCUAGUAGAUAAAAUACAACUGAAUACUGAAGUGGAAGGCUGUCGGUGGCUAGCGUCGGAAUCUGUAUGGGAAGUUACAUUAAGACAUCUAAUAUUAGGGGCCGAGGAUCUUAAUGAACAAAAACGAAACCAAAAAACCAAGGAAAUUAAACCAGAAUCGAGAUAUACUCAUGAAAAAAUUCGUGUCAAGGUCCUUGUGAGCGCCGUGGGCUGCCCCUUGAAACCAGAAGAGUUGUCAAACGAGAUUCCUGGGAAAGAUGUCUUCAAAGGGGAGAUAUUUCACUCCUCACGAUGGCGAUACGAUAUCGAUCUUAAAGACAAGGAAAUCAUCGUGGUUGGCACCGGCAGCAGUGCAGCUCAAUUUGUACCGCUCCUGAUAAAAGAGUAUGAAGCUAGAUCAGUAACUCAGCUGAUGAGAUCACCACCAUGGGUCAGUCCUCUGUCUACAUCUCCUUUUUUAAGUGACUGGAACAAACGAAUUCGAUGGCUUGUCACUCACGUUCCAAGCGUCGGUUUAUUGGCUCGAUAUAUCAUUGCUAUUGGUGCUGAGUAUGAAUGGCAAGUAUCUCUUGAUUCAUCUACUUGCAACAUACAGCGACGCAAAGAGUUGGAAGAGGAUCUUUUGGAACACAUGAAGAAAACUGUUCCAAAGAAAUACCACGAGAUUUUAACACCUAAUUAUGCUAUUCAACGUAAUAACCGAAUAUUUGAUAACGCAUGGCUCUCCUCCCUCAACAAUCCAGCAGUUGUAUUAACGACAUUACCUCUCACACAUUUUGGAGAGCAAGAUAUUACACUUGGCCCUGGACGAACAUACCCAGACCUCAAAGAUACUUCAAGUAGAGCACCAAGUCAUAAGGUUACCAUACCUGCGGAUAUUAUUAUUUUCGCAAAUGAAUUAUCUUCAGAUUCAUGGACCUAUCCCUUUGAGGUUGUCGGUCAAGACGGUAAAAAGCUUCAUGAUAUAUCUCCCGAAAUAGGAGGGCCUCAGAUGUACAUGGGUACAGUAUUGGGUGGCUUCCCCAAUUUCUUCGCUAUAUCUGGCCCAAAUAAAAUGCUCUGUCAUUCACCUUUUUCCCUAGCCACUGAAAAUGCUAUUAAUCUAAGUUUGAAACUUAUUAAGCCUCUUUUGUCAAAUGAUUUAACAACUGUUGAAUUCAAAAAGCAACCUGAAAUAGCUUGGCCUCAAGAAGUUCAAAACAGUAUUAAUAACUCUAAAUUAAUCUCCAGUAACCACGAUUCUUGCGGUCCCAAUAAAACUGGCCAUAAUCCUAUCCUCUAUCCAUACUCUCAAACCUGGCUCAUCCUAAAAAGUAUGUUUCCAACCUGGAGUGAUUGGAACAUGGUGUAUACUUCGAAGGGGUUAGUCAAAAAUACGUCGAAAAAAGCAUUGAAAGCAUUGACCAUCACCUUCAUGUUUUGGAGCAUCAUCGAGAUGCGGUCAGUCCGUGGUCCAUUUCUAAUCUUAAGGAGACCGAUCCGAUGGGCUUUAUUAAACAGUUCCAAGGUGCUACUCUGUGCAAGCCAAAAGAUUUAG